UCGACACCCUGCCUCACACCACUGUCUCGAACGGCACCUCACGAGCUAUUUCCGUAGAUCUCUGUGUUAUAUACAGCUAAUCGCCACGACAGAAAGUGAAGAAGGUGUAUCGCUCUAAAUUUCUGCCACAUAAAAGAAUGCUCAGAUAUGGUUAACACAAUUUCCCCACCGGUGCUGUACCAGGUGCAAUUCCUGGCCGGCCUCGGUCACAUCGGUGCGGAUGUCCCGCUGGACCGGACGGCACGUCAACGCAUACUUCAGCGACGCGAUCACAACUCGGGCCUGCGAUGGAUUUGGGCAAGUGAUGGUGAAGUUCCACCGAAUGCCGUCAAGACCGGCGAGGGUUGCUAUCUAGGACGGGCGUUUCACGUGGGUUCCGUGACACCGGGCCGGGUGGACCCGGAGAAGAAGGCUUGCUGUAUUCCGUGGGGUGGCGAUGAACAUCUGAAGAAGGUCUACGAGGUGCUGUGUACGGAGGGGGAGUUUGUUCGGGUUACGCCGGACAGUACGGAGGGAUUGCUGAGGGCGACCACGGCCGGGAUUUCGGAGCAAGGGGAGCCGCUGUUUAUUGGCCGGGUGUGGUGCGAUGGGGGGUGGGUGAGCGGAAAGGUUCAGCGGUCCCAUGGAGUGUGCUACAUUGGGUACAGAGGAAAAGAGAUGGCAUAUCCGGAGUACGAGGUGUUUGUAGGGGUUGGCGAACCACUUCAGGAUGAACACUUUUGGGUGAACAACGUGCUGAGCAUGCCUCAGGAUGCGUCCGAGUUCGAGUCGUGUCACGUUGGUCGAGCUCGACAUAGGAAUUCGUUGCUUCCGGGAACGGUGGACCUUGUUAAGCUGCAAUGCCACGUGACGUGGGGCUCGGAAGCGCACAGCAAGUCCCGGUUCCAGUAUCUGUACAACUGUCGGGGUAGAUUCGUACCGACCAAGGAUGACCACAUCCCGGUGGGUGCCGUUCAGGGUGGAUUCUCCGACUUUGGUGAACCUCUGUUCAUAGGUCGGGUUCAGGUUGGGAUGAAGAUGCUCGUUGGGAAGGUGCAACCAUCGCACAAGGUGUGCUACGUUCCCAUGUUUGGUGGAGAACUGAAGUAUAGCGAGUACGAGAUACUGGUUUUGGACUUAUAACUUUUUUAUUUAUUAUUUAAAACGACAAUAAAAAAAAUCUUCAAGGAUUAGCGAA